GUUUUGUGCAGCUCAAAUAAAGUAAACAUUCACACUCUAGGAUGGGAAUCUUGACGAUAUACGCAAUUGCCGUUGUGGUGAUUGGAGCCGUAGAAAGGGGUCCAUUCAUCACCUUUCUGAAUCGAUCAAAUGGAGACAUCGCACAACUACAUAAGCUCUACACGGAUGACAACGGAGUGAUGCGAAAUGCGCUUCCACCGACUUCGGAAUUGAAGUGGGAUUAUCUCAAAGAUUACGAUGGAAAGUACGUCAUCCCUUAUGUCAUCAAAGGCACAUACGAGACCUCUGAAAAAGAAAUAAUUCUACGAGCAAUGACCAAAGUGGACAGAAACACAUGCAUUCGAUUUCACACCAGAUCUAAUGAAAAAGAUUACAUCGAAAUUCAAAAUAAUGAAGGAGAAGGAUGUUACUCAACCGUAGGUCGCUACGGAGGAAAGAGCAUCAUGGUGUUAGAAGCGAGCAAGCUAGGAUCUUGCAUGCAAGAGCAUACAGUGCUUCACGAGCUGCUGCACGUCGUUGGUUUGUGGCAUGAACACAUGCGUGAGGACAGGGACAAGUACAUUACAAUACACUGGGAAAACAUCCAAAAAGGAUAUCAAAAUCAAUUCGCUUUGAUUGAAGCUCCCGAUGCUGUCACAUAUGGCGUACCCUAUGACUACAUGUCUAUCAUGCACUAUGGAAAAACUGCAUUUGCCAAUCCCAAUACCAUCUCGAUGGAACCAAUGGACAAGAAGUAUUUGGAUCUCAUAGGAACAGCGAAAGAGGCAUCAAGGAAUGACUGGGCAAAAGUUUGCGCGAUCUACAACUGUACCGUCUGUAUGGGCGAAAAAGUUGUGCCAGGCCAAAUUCUGGCGAUGGUGACGACUUCGAAACCAGGAUGCAUAGACAAAGAUCUUUUGAACUGCUACUUUAUGGAUAAGAACGGAACUCUCGAUUGCAACAAAUACAUGGACUUGUGCUGUGGUACAUGCGCAGCAUUAGGAAGUGCAUCGUUUGCGAGAGUACCCACAACUACAGAAGAGCCACUCGCUUUCAAGACUCUUCCGCCAGGAUACACGUCGACACCUUCACAUCAUCUUUGUGCUGACAGGGAUGGAGUGCAACAGUGUGAACAGCUCGUCAAGUACAACAAAGUCAAUUGUUUUACGGUUGAGGGCACUGCUCGCUGCUGUGGCACAUGCAAUGCCCUUAUGGAUUAUAUUGAAACAAUGUCUUCUUACGCAUAUACGAAAAAUUGAGCUUGAGUUUUAGCUACGUCUAUAUAAACGCUUACCAUGUUCGUAUUCAUUCGAAAGGAAUGAAUGUUUGCCUGGUGUAA